AGAAAAACAGGAUGCACUAGCAAGAGAAAUACAGAGGAGACAGUCUGGUAAAAUGAUCAUUAACACCAAGCAGAAGAUUGAGGAGACUGAGCUUAAGAAAAUUGCAGAACAACGACAACGAGAGAAGCGAGAAGAUAUGGAAGCAAGACGGAAAGUAAAAGAGGCAAUAGAACGUGACAAGGCAGAAAGAGCAGCAAAGAAGAACAAACCAGAUGUUUCUAAGACUGCUACAGCUCCACAACCUACACCUGCUGCAUCUGUGGAGAAAAAAUCCUACACUGAUUGUCAGCUUCAGAUUCGACUUCCGGGUGGAGAUACAUUAAACCACACCUUCUCAGCCAAGGAGCCACUGGCAGCAGUACGUUUGUAUAUCCAGAUGAACAAGCCAGAAACUGGAGCUUUCAAUUUACGCCAGAAUUUUCCACCUAAAGUCUAUCAACAAGAGGAUUAUGAAAAACCUUUAGACCAAUUAGGACUAGUACCAAGAGCGAAUCUACUUGUAGUGAAGAAGUGAAUCUGUGAUAUAUAAUGUACCAGUAUGAACCUAUACAUUUCCAUGUCGGCUGCCAUUGAAGAAAUAGUUGAUGCAUUAAGUGCUAGGGACUCCUUCAUUGUGUGGAAGAUGUCCGUCUGUUACUUUCCAUGAAAGAUGUUUUAAAUUUGUAUUACAUUGUACAUGCACAAUGAAUUUCAGCUCGAAAGAUAUUUGUCACAGAUAUACUCUUAGUAGUGCCAAUUGUCUGUACUUUUAUUAUGAUGAAUUCACAACUAUAAUUAACUUACAACAUAAUGAUGCAUUCGUAUAUGCCUGAUAGGUAUGUGUUUAUUGACUGACAACAUAAUGAUGCAUUCGUAUAUGCCUGAUAGGUAUGUGUUUAUUGACUGUUCAGGGAAGAAUCUUCCUUCAUCUGUGUGCAUGUCUCAUGUGUUUUGCUGUGAUUGUAACCAUUGUAUUCAAGUGAAAAUGUUUUAUUUGAUUACAUGUAUUUAUAAAAUGCAUCUUUCUUGAAAGUAAUUGUAUGCCUUACACAUUUCCGAAAUAAUAAAAAAUCUACAGAUUUUUUGUAGCUGAAA